GGCUCACUAUGUCAGAUUUCAAGUUCAACUUUUCUGAUGAUGAUUCUUCUCCGCAAGACAAAGGACCCAUUGCAACUGAUCAAUGCCUCACAAGUGGAGCUAGUGUAUCGUGCAGGACACACACAGUCGGCCCGCUACAUAAGAACCUUGCUUCGCUAGCCACACCAUUAUCCUACCCUCUACAAGACAUUGAACUGAAGUACCUCACUGCAGCGUGUGUGGAGGCUAUCAUUGAUGAAAGCAACCAGUCACAUGAAGCUAUAGCUGACUUUAAAGCUCUAUUAUCCACUUCUGAUGGUACUGACCUAAUUCCCAGUGUAUAUGAAGGAGGACUAGUUGCGUGGGAGGGGGCCUUUGAUCUUGUGUCCUAUCUCUCAGAGAGUCAGUUUGACUUCACUGGAAUGGAUGUGCUGGAACUCGGCUGUGGAUCAGGACUCCCGGCAAUAUACACACUAAUGAAAGGGGCAAGAGCUGUCUCCCUACAAGAUUACAACUAUGAGGUCAUAAACUGUGUCACCAUACCCAGUGUACUGUGCAACCAACGGAACUUGUCGCUAUGUAACCCGUCACUAUGUAACUUCUAUUCUGGUAGUUGGGACACACUUCGUGAGGCGGUGCCACAGUCUGUGAAAUUUGACGUAAUUCUCACUUCAGAAACUAUUUAUUCUGAAAGCUCCCAGACAAUGUUAUUAUCUGCUAUGAAGUCAUUACUCAAAUUAAACGGAACAAUUUUUGUUGCAGCCAAAAGCUAUUACUUUGGUGUUGGAGGAAGCAGUGCAGAGUUUCAAGAAAUGGUGUCCACAGACGAACACUUUAGCUGUGAGAUAGUCAAGACACUAACUUGCAGUGUGCCUAGAGUCAUCAUGACCCUCAAGCCUAGGUAGGUAGCACUAGGUGUUUGUGUGUGUAGCACUAGAGGUAGGCAAGUCUAUUUGUGUGUGUUGUAGCACCUCUUUUGUUUGUGCAUUCAAUUUCCUUUACUUUGAUUUGCUUUUGCGUAUUCACUGAAAAUGAAUGUGUUUUGAUUGAA